GCCCAGGCGUGCCCUAUGCCCUCACACCGCUUCUCCCGACUGUGGCCUCGCCGCUGCGCACCGGCUCCACGUCCCCCGACGGCAGCCCCGUGCCGCGGCGCAGCGGGGAGGCGGAGGCGCCCGGGGAGUGCCCUGUCGGGGCAUUGUGGGAAGGAGCGGUGCGGCCGGGCCUCACCUGCGGCGGGGCGGGGAGGAGGGCAGGGCAGCAGAGGAGGGAGGCGGCCGGCAGGCAGCCGGGCCCGGCCGGCGCCCAGCCCGCCGCCGACUGUCGCGCCAUGUCGGCAGGGGAAGUUAAGGCUGCAGAAGUGGUACACGACGCUGCCAGACAAAGAGAAGAAGAAGAUCAUCCGGGAGAUCGUCCAGCUCGUUCUGUCCCGCAACCAGAAAACAAGCAGCUUUGUUGACUGGAAAGACCUCAAGCUUGUUUACAAAAGGUAUGCCAGUUUGUACUUCUGCUGUGCAAUAGAAGACCAGGACAAUGAGCUGCUGACACUAGAGGUCGUCCAUCGAUACGUGGAGCUUCUGGACAGAUACUUUGGAAAUGUCUGCGAGCUGGAUAUCAUCUUUAACUUUGAGAAAGCUUAUUUUAUUCUGGAUGAGUUCAUCAUCGGUGGAGAAGUGCAAGAAACUUCCAAGAGGUCUGCAGUGAAAGCCAUAGAAGAGUCUGACAUGUUGCAGGAGACAGUGGAAGAGUACAUGAACAAGCCUGCCUUUUGAUGCUGAAACUACCUGCUGAGAGGGAGUCAACUGCUGGCUGCACCUCUCAAAUGUACUUCCCAAUACUGUUCCCCGAUGUGCCAGAUCCUCAGAGAAACACCCAAAGCCAAUAACUGGAGGAGUUUGUUUGUAUAAUGGUGAAGAUGAAGGUCAGCUAAUGUAGCACAGGGUCUAACAAUUCUGGACUUGAGUUUCUCAGAGUUGUCACUACCCUUGGUCUAGUUUCUCUUCUCUUUGCUGUACUAGACACUUGUUUUGUACCAUGUCUCCUACCUAUGGGUUUUUACCAUCCUAAAAUGCCCAUUUGACAAUACUUCAAAGAGGUACUUUUACUAGUCUUGGUCUGCUGCUGGCUGUAUGACUCUUGUACAAAUGUCCAUUGUUUUGAGUGUAAUGAUUAUUCUGCUCAAAUAAUAAAUGUUGUUUUUUCUAAAAGCCAAA